AUGUCAAUAAAGGUGCCCUUCAAGCAAGUUGACGUUUUCACGUCAGAACCCUACAAAGGAAACCCAGUAGCAGUUAUAAACUGCCUCGAACUGGACGAAAGUGAGAUAAACCAGUCUCAGCUCCAAAGAAUUGCCAAUUGGACCAAUUUGUCGGAAACUUCAUUCUUAUUCAAACCCACUAUCGAAAAAUGCGACUAUAAGCUUAGAAUUUUUACACCUCAAACGGAACUUCCGUUUGCGGGGCAUCCUACACUUGGCUCAUGCCGGGCGUACCUGGAGUUCACCGGCAAGAAGAAUGUCGAGAAGAUCUAUCAAGAGUGCAAACUUGGAGUGAUUGAAAUAACCUCAGAGGGUGAAAAAUUGUCCUUUGAGGGAGCCAAAACAGAUGUGGUCGAUAUUCCAUGCGAAGUGGCCGAAGAGUACGGGAAAUCUUUAUCCGCAGAAAUUACCGAAAGGCCCCGUUUGCUUGAAGUAGGACCUAAUUGGGUGGUUGCUUUGGUCAAAGAUGCACAGACGUGCUACGAUAUGGAAUUGGAUUUCACGCAGAUGAAGGCAUCCAACCUUAAACACGGUUCCACUGGUCUCAUAAUUGCCGGGAGAUACGGGAAUGAGGACAAGUACGAAAUGAGGGCAUUUUGUCCGUUAGAUGGGAUCGCGGAGGACCCCGUAUGUGGCAGUGGGUCGUUAGCUCUGGCCAGAUAUUUGCAGGAUGUGCAUAACUACAAAAGUACAUACUCAUUCGCGAUUAGCCAAGGGGGCAGAGUGGGACGCGAAGGCAAAGUCUCGGGUUUAAUAAAACAUGAAUCCGGCAAGAUUACUUACCAUGUCGGAGGACAAGCUGUCACUGCUAUUGAUGGACAUAUUUUGAUAAAAUUAAGCGAGGAAUCCAAUUUCUCCACGUAA